UGCUGCGCCGUGCAUCUCCGAGCGGAGCGGAGCCGAACCGGGCCGGCAGCGCCCUGCCUUUGUCCGCGCUGCCUGCGCGUUCCCUUCCCCCUCCGUGUAUUUAUUUGCUCUUUCUUCGUCUCUUAACCUCCCCCCCCUCUCCCCAGCUGUCUCGUUACCCGGGUGGUUUUAUUUCUUCCCCAGCGGUUAUUUUCAUCCCCCCUCACCCCUCCCCAUCACCACCUUGCGUUAACUUUUUUUCGAGAUAACAGUUUGUAGCGGUGUAAUUACCCACUUGCUGGCGGCCCUCCAGCGCAUCUACGGAGCACGUUGCUCUUUUUCGCCCUUUUUCUCUCGCCUUCCCCUCCCGCUCCCACUCUGCCCGCUGUGUUUUUUCUGGCUGCCGUGCACUAACCUCGAGUUCAGAGGCUGAUACAGGCGAUGCUGCAUCUGAUGCUCGUGGGCCUACCUGGAAGAGAAAAUCCACUCCGGAGAGACUUUUCUUCAUUGCCUCAUCCUAUGGAGGAAUCACCACUGCCCAUCUACAUUGAGGAGGGGACAGAAGUCCCGAUUGCCAAAAAAGAAUUGAUUGCUCUUGGCAUCGGGCAAAUCUGGACUCAGAAGACCGCAGAAAGCAGAAACAUGGCAACAAAGGAAAAGCUUCAGUGCUUGAAAGAUUUCCACAAGGACAUCCUCAAACCUUCCCCCGGCAAGAGCCCGGGGACGCGGCCUGAGGAUGAGGCAGAAGGAAAGCCGCCCCAGAGGGAGAAGUGGGCGAGCAAGAUUGACUUUCUGCUGUCCGUGGCUGGGGGAUUUAUUGGCUUAGGCAAUGUCUGGCGGUUCCCGUAUCUCUGCUACAAAAACGGCGGAGGUGCAUUUCUUAUUCCUUAUUUCAUUUUCCUGUUUGGGGGAGGUCUUCCCGUUUUUUUCCUGGAGGUGGUGCUAGGACAGUAUACCUCUGAAGGUGGAAUUACAUGCUGGGAAAAGAUCUGCCCUAUUUUCACUGGAAUUGGUUAUGCUUCCAUAGUGAUUGUGUCCCUUCUGAACGUGUACUACAUUGUGAUCCUGGCCUGGGGACUCUACUACCUGUUCCAGUCGUUCCAGAGCGUCCUGCCGUGGGCACACUGCCACCAGAAGUGGAACACACCGACCUGUGUGGAAGACACUCUCAGGAAGAACAAAACCCUCUGGAUAUCACUGAAUGCCACUAACUUCACCUCUCCUGUCACAGAGUUCUGGGAGCGCAACGUACUGAGCUUGUCCUCAGGGAUUGAAGAUAUUGGUAUUAUCAAGUGGGAUCUGGCACUGUGUCUCCUCCUCGUCUGGGUGAUAUGCUUCUUCUGCAUUUGGAAAGGAGUCAAAUCCACUGGGAAAGUAGUGUACAUCACUGCCACGUUCCCAUUCAUCAUGCUCCUUGUUCUGCUCAUCCGUGGUGUGACCCUGCCUGGAGCUGCAGAAGGCAUCAAGUUUUAUCUUUACCCUGAUAUCUCACGGUUAGCUGACCCACAGGUCUGGAUAGAUGCAGGGACACAAAUCUUCUUCUCAUAUGCAAUCUGCUUAGGAGCAAUGACUUCCCUGGGGAGCUACAACAAGUACAAAUACAACUGCUAUAGGGACUGUUUGCUGCUGGGAUGCCUGAACAGUGGUACCAGUUUUGUGUCUGGCUUCGCAAUUUUUUCCGUCCUGGGCUUCAUGGCACAAGAGCAAGGGGUGAACAUUGCUGAUGUGGCAGAGUCAGGUCCAGGCCUGGCCUUCAUUGCCUACCCAAAAGCUGUGUCCAUGAUGCCACUGCCCACCUUUUGGGCAAUCCUUUUUUUUAUUAUGCUUCUGUUGCUUGGACUGGAUAGCCAGUUUGUUGAAGUUGAAGGACAGAUCACGUCAUUAGUUGAUCUGCACCCAUCCUUCCUAAGGAAGGGUUACCGACGGGAAAUCUUCAUCGCUAUAGUAUGUUUCCUUAGCUAUCUUCUGGGACUAACUAUGGUGACUGAGGGUGGCAUGUAUGUUUUUCAACUCUUUGACUACUAUGCAGCUAGUGGUGUAUGCCUUUUGUGGGUUGCAUUCUUUGAAUGUAUUGCUGUAGCCUGGGUUUAUGGCGCUGAUAAUAUUUAUGAUGCCAUUGAGGAUAUGAUUGGAUACAGACCUGGUCCCUGGAUGAAAUGGAGCUGGAUUGUGAUCACACCAGUUCUUUGUGUGGGGUGCUUUGUCUUUUCUUUGGCCAAGUACAAACCACUGACCUACAACAAGGUCUACACAUACCCUGAGUGGGCAAUCGGCCUGGGAUGGGUUCUUGCCCUUUCCUCCAUGAUCUGCAUCCCUAUGGUGAUGGUCAUCCGCAUCAUACGGUCAGAUGGGUCGCUCAUUGAGAGGAUAAAAGCAGUGGCUGCCCCCAAGGAAGUGAAUCGGUGGUCCAAAGAAACAGAGAGUGGCACUCCCUUCUGCCCCAAUGGAACUUCGAAUGGCGGAUUGAUCAAGCCAACUCAUAUCAUUGUGGAAACCAUGAUGUGAGCUCUCUCUGUGAGAGGAUAAACCUGCUUUAACUGCCGUUUACUAACCAUAGAUUCUCAUAGGACCAGGUUUACAGAGCUUUAUAUUUGCACUAGGAUUUAUUUUUAUUUCUCACAGAGAAAGUUAUUUUUUGUGUGUGCUUUUUUUUUUUUUUAAUAUUUUGUAAGGUAAUCACAGCAGAUGUCUCUCUGUAGAGGGAGAGCAUUCAUAUCAGACUAGACAUAUUACAGGAAUUUACUAUUACUGUUUUUUUAAAUAUAUAUAUAUAUCUUUAUCUCUUAAACGUUAUACACCUUACCACUUGAAUUGAUUGUCUUGCCAGCAAUACAUUCAAGUCUCAGAAAGCAAUUUUAGGUGCUGGUGUGGUUGGGAGCAGGGUAACCUACAGAACACACAAAAGGCGCUCUGUUGAGAGAUAUGAGGAAAAACAACAACAAAACAAAACACAAAGAUGCUGUUUCAAGAGAAUUUUCAAAGGUGUAGUAUUUCCACCCUCUGGUUCAAUUGUGGUAAACGACAGGCUUCAGGGUCACAAGAGGGAAAAGGGUGCAGUUAUGUUUAGCACAGUCCCUGAAUAGAGAUAGCAGCGGGCAGCUGGAGCAGGGUGUUUGAGUGGGCAGAGGAGCUGGGUGUGAAGAGCCUCACAGCCCUUCCUGCAGGCGCAGAGCUGGGAUCCAGGCACACAAACAAGAGGAGGGCUUGAGGAAGGUGUUUCCAGGACUUAGCACAGCUCACUCAUUUAUUAUUAUUAUUUUUUGUUUAGGUGAAGUGCCUGCUGCUUGUGUGUGAUCAGGCGGGUUGAGCACCUGCUCUUUAGUGUUCCAGCAAAGACUUGAGCAGAGAUGUCACUGGGAUAAGCUUGAAUUCUGCAGCCUGACCCCGAGCAGCACAGAGCAGCACCUGGUGAUCCUGGUGCUUCAGGUGUUUGCCCACUCACUCAUUUGCACGUUAACUAUUGGACUUUGUUUGGGGCAGAAAAAUAAUUUUAAAAAAGCCACCAAUCUUUUGUGGACUCUGACUGUCCAAAGGUGGGCACAGUGCAGGUCAUCCCCAACACCAGGAACAGAGCUAUUCACCUACACCUGGUGUAAGCACUGUUUAUAGCCUUGUUAAUAAUAAUAGUGAGGAAGAUAAUAAUAUCAGCCAGCAAACACAUACUUUUCAUCCAUGUAUCUCGAGAAUGCUUUGCUAGGUUUGGUAACCAGGAUUCUCUUUAUUUAUUUAUUUGGAGGAAUUGGAUUCUGUUGGGGGAACAGACAGAAGGAUUUGGUUUCUUAAAGCAGCAGUGGAUCUGGUGUGUGCUAACUGCUGAGUCACAGCCUGAACCACUGAUUGAGCACCUGGGAAAGGACCGGGUCAGCCCUGCGAGCACAGGUGAAGGCAAUUGAGCUGUGUGACCAGAAGGGGUGGAACCUGGCUGCAGCUCUCUUAGACCCCAUUUAAGGGCUGACUGCCAUUCUGGAAGGUUCUCUGGUUGGAGAUCCCUCCUUUGUGGAGUCUUUCCUGUCAGCUUAGAGCUUCAGAGAUGGGUGAGCACCUUUCCUUUUCCAUUGUAACACCAUUCCAUCUAUGCUGGUCUCUUUGCUGUUGCACUCCUGUAUUGCUCUUCCGCUGUGUUGAUCUUUCUAAUGUUGAUCUUUCUGGGUUCUCCAUCUGCUUGCCCACCAUUAGGUUAGAUUGCAGUUUCUUUUUGAGGAUGGCGGACAUAUUUCUAAAGCCUAUGGAUAUGUCUGCUAAAGAAACAGGACAUAGGGGACUUUGAGUUAAAACAAAGGAAAUGUAACACUGCAGUAUUUUGUAUUUAUUUGGUCCGAAGGAAUUGUGUUCCAUUCCAGGUUGACCUGAGGAAUAAGGAAAACACCACUGGGAGGAGUGUGGCAGUGGGGGUGCAGCAGCUUUGCUGUGGGCCAGGGGGAUGCUUCCAUGGGGAGCUGCUCCCUGAAGACUGUCCAAGACAUGGACAGAAGUCUUUUUUCUGUUUUAAACUUGAGCAGGUUGUGCUGGGAACAGAUUCUCUGCCAAAACUCAGCUUUUUCUUGUGGGCAUUCUAUUUUUAAGGAAGGGUUUUUUCUUCUCAUGAUACCCCGAUAUUAGGCUAUCCAAAGGUAUCUAGAGGAAAUGACAACAGCAGAGCUUGUAUCUGUUGAUUUUGCUGUCAGCUUAGUCUGUCAGGGCAGAUCUUGUCAUUUCAACAGGAACAUAUCCAAUUCGAAACAUUCCUACUCAGAAGGUUUGAUUUGUUUGUUCACGUCCCAUGGACUAACUGGCUGCAGCAGCACUUGUUGAAUAACUUGUUGGUAUUACUGUAAAAGAAAAAGGGUGAUUUAAAGUUAAGAGAUGGACCAAAAGCAAAAAAAGAUUUUUUUUUUCUAGUUUGAAUUUGUACAUAUUUUUACAUCACAGGGCUGAGUUGCAGCAACAAAACCAGCCAUGUCAGCAUUGCUUUUUGUUUUUUUUUUCUGGUUGCUGUAUUACAGGAGUUUAAAGGAAACUUUUCCACAGCUGGAGAUGGCAAACUCUUUGAUUUCAGCUGCAGGGCAGUGGCGACUGCCUUUCUGAAAGCAGGAAUUCUAUUGGGCCAGGAGGGUUCUGGCUGGAAUUUGCCAUCAGAUGUGUGCAAAAUAAGGAAACAGCUGUUUCUGUGGUUUUUUUUUAAUCUUUUAACCAUCAAGGACAAGGAAAUGCGAUUGUAGAUGACUCUUUCAGUGGGAUUCAACAUGGACCCUUGUUUUUGAGUUAUGAUUAGUGUCUGCAGUGCACAGGCAUGCUUGCCUGGGUUAAGAUUGAAGCAUGAGGUUUGGGGGGGGAGUUUAAAUUAAUGGUUUAUGUGAGUGUAGAUGAAACACUGAUGCUUAAUUUAUAUUUAAUUUUCAUGAUAUGUUGCUGUAUGGCUGCGUAUGAGAUUUGUUUGCACAUCAGAUUUGUACUAUAGAGAUGAGACAAGCUUUAGGUAGGGAAAAAAUGGUUUGACUACAUCAGAAAUGUCUGGUGAGUUCAGUGAGCCAUCUCCCACUUGUGGAGAGCAUCUUUGUGCUGAAAACCAGAGGGCCAAUACUACACCUUUAAAAGUACAACCAGAGAACCAGAACCCAGCCCCAUUUCGACGUGAACUUGUGCCAUUCAAAUCAGUUGCUUCCAUGUACCAUGUGAGAGAGUCUUGCACGUAUGCAACAACCUCAUCCAAGUGAUCUCCAAGUACACUGCUCUGGCCCUGCUGUGCUUGUCAGCAUGACUGCAGGGGAGGACUGGGGCUCACAGAGAGCUAAGAAACGUUUCUGGAAAAUAGUUCCCCUCUCCCCUCCAAAAUGAUUCUUUCUGUUUUAAAAUGGGGUCUGAGUUCCAAUGAGCACAUGCACAUUUUGAAGUGUUUUUUACCUGACGUUUUUUAUCGGGUUUCUGAACUUUUCUUGUUGAUAUUGAUAAAUUUGCAUUUCGAUGUGAUCCUCUGCCAAAAUUAUUAAAAAAUGAUUUUUAAGUCUGUGUUUCCUACCUAUUUAUGAUUGCAAAUGCAAGUGAUUUCUUGUUCCUGAUUGUUUAAACAUUUGUGACUUAUUUUACCUGUUUUUUGUAAAUGAGGAACUUUAUACUGAGUUAUCAUGGCUAGUCAUAAGUGAACUGGUUUGGAUACUGUUAAAAAUAAGUGUGGGUUUUGGCAAGAGAUCUUCAGGAUGAGAGCAUUGAAUGUAAAGACAGCAGAACAAAACAAAAGCACACCUUUCGUGUCCCACACACCUUUGUAUUGCUCAGCUCCUGUGGGAUUGGAAAUGGCACAUUUCCAGCAGCAUUCCUUCCCAGCUGAGCUGAGAUGGGAGAUGGCAGAACUGCAAAGAAAUUUGCGCCACGAGAUUCUCUGAGUUGUUCCUGAUCUUUCUCAGUUUUCCAAACGUCUGUUGCAGUUCACCUGUGACUAGUUAUGAUCUUACUGAAUGGGCAUCUAUUGUAAGGGACUUUACCAGUAUUCUGUAUUUUGGUAUUUAAACAAUAUGAUUUCAUAAAUAGAACUGGUUUUUAUUACUAUUAUUGUUGUUGCUACUGUUGUCAUUUACCUUUCCAUCUAUAGCUUUCCUUUUCAUCUGGUCCAAACAGAUCCAUGCAUUUAGAAAAGUCUUUUUUGAAGUGUGAGAUAGUAGAUCCACCAUGGAUUUGUUCUUGUGUAGUAAAUGGAAAUAUCAAAGUGUAGCAGCUGUAUUUACCAUCUUAAACAGUGCUGGUGUUCAACCUGCAGCAGCAAUGCAGCUCAGGAGUGGAGAGUUAGGUAAAAUAGUCUUGGAGCAGCAAAGCUGAUUUCCACUGUUGUUCUUGGGGAGAGGAGGAAAGAGAAAAGAAGGUGCAGCCUUAUGGUUGGUGUAACACACACACAAAAAGUAAACCCAUGUAUCUGCAGAACCUUUUUUGCCACUGUCAGGGUAGCAUCUUCUACAGCAGUUUGCACUCUGCUGUGUGUCCACCUUUCUCAACUGCAGAUGUUCCUGUUCCUCUUCCUUGCCUCAGCUCUAGAACAGUUCAAACAGCUCUGAAGACACAUGAACAUUUCCAUUCAAUAGGCUUUUUACAAGUCUCCUCCAAGUCUGCUUUUAUUUGCCAAGGAGAUUUGCAGUUUUGGUGAGGCUGUGCUUGUCACACAGGGGUUCUAAGCUCCCACUUUGUGCCAAUGGCAGUACUCCAUUGGUGGGAGAUUUGAACCCUUUGUAUAACUGAUUAUUAGCUUCCACAUCUGCAGUCGCUGCAGGAUCAUGUGUGGGGCCAUAGUGUAUAUAAAAUGUUAAAUAAACUGUGUAUUGAAUGGAGUGGUCUAAGUUAGCUAAGCAGCUCAAAUAUACUUGGAAGAAAGAUGACCCUGAAAUCAUUUCCAAAAGAUUCAAUGCAAGUUGCUCACUUUGAGUAACAGGAAAAUAAAAAGGUCUGUUCUUACAUAGACUGGUAGAUCAAAUCUUUGCCCCUAUAAGCGUGCACACAGGUGGGGACAUUGCUUCCAUUCCGAAGCUGCAAAUUAUGCAUAUGACUUUCCAAGCUAUUGGGAUGGGAACUGAGAUGGUUUAGGCACUGCUUUCUUAGGAAGUGCUGACCUCCAGGGCAUCCAAAUGGACUUGGCUAAAUUGAGAUACUGAAAGGGAGAUACAGUGCCAAAAUGCCAGGCCUUGGCCUUGCUGAGGAAUUCUCAAGGUUGGAUGCCUGGCUCUGUGCAAGUACAGAGUGGCUCCUGCUGUGGGAGGUGGGAGUGCAGGGGGCUCGGGCAGCAGCCUCGGACUUGUUUCCUCCAAAAUCAGCAUCCAAAGCUUCGUGGUGAGGAUUAGCAUUUAAUUGUGUAUUUGUAUAUUUGCAUGAGCAAAGGUUGGGAACUGUCAGAACCUAAGUAGCUCCUUUUUAUUUCUUGUAAUCAAAGAUAAGAUUAAGAAAGAAAGUUCUCAGUGGAGAAACCAAUGAACAAAAGCAGCCCCCUCCAAGCUCCAUAAUUCAGUCACAGAAAAUGAUCUGUUGGUAUCAGUGGUUAAUUUGAGCUGGCUGGAAGAUUUGCUCAAGAAUUACUUCUGGCACAGCAGCCUGAGCCCCAGCUGGAAGUUGCCCCUUUCCCAGAGUGUGACUCUGCCAUCCCCAAAAACAGCUGCUCCUGCACAACAAUUCUCUGCUUUAAAAAGUAAUAAUAAUCUGAAUUUGUUCAUUUCUAUUCAAAAAGUAAAGAGAGGAAAUAACUUUUUGCAUGCUUCUUCCAGCUGUCAGCUGGUGAUUCCAGCUUACCCACAUCCUAUAGGUGAAAAAACUUCAGAUGUGAUUUGACAAAAAAAAAAGGAAGAA